UACAAACAAAGGUCUUAAACGAUAUUUCCAAAGCCUAAAUGUAGUUUUGACAUAUUAAAAAAAAAUCGAGUGGAUAAUAACAUAACCUCAAAAAAAAAACGGUUUGUGACGGAUAUUUGAACAAAACCUAGGAGAAAUCGCUUUACAGCUUAGUGCAGUAAGAUGUUCAACCAAAUGACAGCAGCCGGGGGCAACCCCAACAAAGAUCUGGAGGUUGCAUCGCCGCCCGACGACACCGUCUCGGCCCUCGAGUUUUCCCCGCCUUCGGUGCCACAAACAUUCCUUAUCGCCGGUUCAUGGGACUGUCGGGUAAGAUGUUGGGAGGUGGAAGCAUCUGGGAAGACUGUGCCCAAAGCUGCGCAGGGCAUGGAUGGCCCCAUUCUGGAUGUAGCCUGGCAUGAUGAUGGAUCAAAAGUGUUCAUGGCCUCAACAGACAAAAGUGUCAAAUGCUGGGAUCUAGCAGCCAAUCAGACUAUUCAGGUAGCAGCCCAUGACGCGCCAGUGAAGACGUGCCACUGGAUCAAGGCUCCCAACUACACCUGCCUCAUGACUGCCUCCUGGGACAAGACCUUGAAGUUCUGGGACACUCGCAGCUCUCAGCCAAUAAUGAGUAUGAAUCUAUCCGAAAGAUGCUACUGUGCCGAUGUGGACUACCCGAUGGCGGUGGUGGGCACGGCGGACCGCGGCAUCUGCCUGUACACGCUGGAGGGCAAGCCGGCCGAGUUCAAGCGCGUCGAGUCCCCGCUCAAGCACCAGCAUCGCUGCAUCGCCAUCUUUAAGGAUAAGAAGACCAAGCAGCCAGCAGGGUUCGCACUGGGUUCAGUAGAGGGGAGAGUGGCAAUACAAUAUGUCAACCCGACCAACCCGAAGGAUAACUUCACAUUCAAGUGUCAUCGGUCAGCGGGGACCACGGGGGGAUAUCAGGAUAUCUACGCAGUGAACGACAUCGCCUUCCACCCCGUGCACGGCACCCUGGCGACAGUGGGCUCCGAUGGCUCCUUUUCCUUCUGGGACAAGGACGCACGCACGAAGCUAAAGUCAUCAGAGUUGCUUGAGCAGCCGCUAACGCGCGCCGCAUUCAACCACAACGGACAGAUAUUCGCCUACGCCGUCGGAUACGACUGGUCGAAGGGUCACGAGCAUUUCAACCCUGCUAAGAAGAACUUCAUCUACCUGCGAGCGUGCUACGAGGAGCUCAAACCUCGCACCAAUUGAUUUACUUCGCUGCCAUCUUUCAACGCGUGAACGACGUCGUGAGACGUCAGCGAUGUCAUUUGACGUCGGUCGCGUUAUAUACGACGUUAGAUCCGCCCGAAUGAUUUCGCUUUUAACGCGUGAGCGACGUCAAUUGACGUUAGUAGCGUUAUGCACGACGUGAGAUCUGCAGCGAGAUAAUUCGUUGCUAUCUUUCAACGCGUGAGCUACUACGUAAGAUGGGCGUCGUGUAACGUUGACGUCAUAAUGGACGUUAGCCCCGCAGGAAGUGAUUCAAUCGCUUUCAUCUUUCAACGUAUUCUCUUCUCUUCUUGCUUAUUUGAGCAAUAGAAAGGGAAUAAGACGAAACUUCCAGAUUUGUAGUUAUAACCCAGCGACGUCAGUGACGUCAUUAAUAACGUUAUUGGCGUCGACGUUAUGGCGUCCGAAUAUAGAACAUUUUGUGUUGAUAUGGUUAUUAUUAUGUACCGUAAAACAACAGGAUAGGGUGCAAAAUUUUAAAGUAAGUCACGGUCGUAAACAUGUUUACACAUUUUUUACUUUUAAACUUUGUUUGCUAAAUCCUACAUCCUAAUUUAAUAGUGUGAUUGCAACAUUUGAAUCGUUGUUAUAGUAUGUGGGAUAUAAAAACAAAUUUUAACAAAAAGUUGAAAAAAUACGUGUGUAUUUUUUCAACUUGUAUUUUGUCCCUUAGCUGUACCCCGUUUUCUUAAGAUUAGAAUUGUUCUAACCUCAAAAAGCUUUUCUUAAAAAUAGACCAUUAGCCGGGUCCACACUAAGCGCGUUUUCCUCGCCCGAGCGCGCCGCCGCGUCCUAGGCACGUCUACACUGGCCGUUUUGUGCGUGAGGAAAUUGCCUCGCACGUAUGCUCGCGCUCGCUCUGUGUGGAGUGGACCCGCCUAUUUAUAUAGUUGGUGGUUUUUGUAUGUAUGUUUUGAAUGUCAAUGUUGAAUUAUUACGAUUCUUUGCUUAGUUUUGUGAAAGCCAUAGUUCAGCUAGCUGAUUUAUAAUUGUCUUGGUGUAUUUAGUAUAUUUAUGAGGAAUAAAAUGUGACCGCGGCCGGCAAAACGUCCCACUUUGUCGCUUGCCAUAAGGACGAGAUUUGCUUGUACUUUAAAUGAAUAACCUGACAAGCCGUCCUUAUGGCAAACGACAAAGUGGGACGUUUUGCCGGCCGCCGUCACAAAUAUGUGUACUAUUUGGUACUAUGCACUUUUUUAAGUGUUUAAACGUCUUUAUCAUUAAGUGACUUACCAUAUCAAAAAGUACCUUAUGGCAACUGCAUGAAGUACCUUCUGAUGUGGAAAGCCUCUUAUACAUAAGGACAGCAUGUAAAAUGUAAUUUAAAUUGUUACAAACUGUUAAUAAACAAGUUAACAAGGA